ACUGAGAGACGGUGGCGUUACGACGGAUCGAGGAAGAUCCGCUCGCUCUCACCUCCACCCGUCUCUCCUCCCUAGUUCGAGCCUCGCCGACCGGAGUCCACCCACCGGGCAGAGGCACACGGGAGGCUCACCUCAGGCUCGUAACUCUCUCUUUCUGUCCUCUCCCGUCAAUCCACUUCUCUUAUACUCCCUUAGUCAGGACACACUGACAGCUCGCAACCGGAACGAUGAGCGCCCAGGCCUUGACCGUCGUCACACUUAUCGUGCCCAACGCGGAAUGGCAUGCCUCGGGACACGAUGAUCAACCCGUUCUCCUCAGCAGCGCCCUCAGCUUUACCUUCAACACGUCCUUCGAUAUUCGCACCGUUUCGAGUCGCGGCGCCAGCUCCGGUAGCGAUGUGACCGGUCUGCUAUAUGUGCCGACUCUGGCUGCCACCAGUUCCUGUGUCAACGCGAGCGAGCCAUACAUCCCCGCAGCGGUGACGCGCCGUGCGAACCUGCCUCCCGAUGACUAUAAUCUGGUCGCGUUGGCUCCAUGGGUGAGCGGGGAGUGCUCACUGGAGUAUAUGGAGGCAGCAAGACGAGAUCCAACCAAGGCGAUACUGUUCUUUGUGCCAGGUAUGCCAGGCAUUCCUCCCAACGCCGAUGAUGCACAGUGGGACAUUUCCAGCUCCCAGAAUUGGAAGGCAACCAAUGGCUUCCCAGUAUACGCCGUCAAUGGCGCAAACGGAGCGCUGUUGCUGCGCGCCAGUGCCAUGUACAGUGGGAACAUGACCGACGUACCUCACGGGCACAUGUUGGCCGAAUAUUACGCCUCCCGGGACUAUGUGAGGCUGCAUGCUGACAUCGACACGGGGAAUCGCAGGUCACUACCGUCGCUAUGGGUAUUCCUAUUGAUCGUUGUUGGUUUCUUGCUCGCCAUUAUUGGAUCUGCCUCAUUCGGUUUGCACCUGUUUCGGCGGCACAGACGACAAACCUUGCGAAGGCGAGUUCAAAGUGGCCACGUCGAUCUGGAAGCCGUGGGCAUCAAGCGUCUCACCGUACCACGAGCUGUGCUUGAUGCUAUGCCACUGUGCCAAUACGGCAAGACGCAUUCUGCACUUCACCGAACUACCUCCCACGGACUGACCGAUAUCGAAAAGGAAGUGGCGUCUACGCAGAUCGAGCAGGUCAACGUGUCCUCGCGUCCGGCGGCCCUUGCGCCGACGUCGACCAGCUACCAUCAUGACGCUCUGCUACAACCCACAUGUGCCAUCUGUCUCGACGACUUCGUACCUUUUACUACCGAACAGGAUGGAACUAUAGUGCGCGAGCUACCCUGCCACCACCUCUUCCACCCCGAGUGCGUCGAUGCUUUUCUGCGAGAGAGCAGUAGCCUGUGCCCGAUGUGCAAGAAGACCGUCCUGCCUGCCGGCUACUGCCCUCGAAUCAUUACGAAUGCUAUGGUCCGACGAGAACGUCUCCUCAGACAAGCUCGAGAGCGCGCAGCAGCAGAUUCAGACUCGAGCGACAGCGCCUCUCCGGACACUAUCAGAGACCGUCUUCAGAGCAUGCCUGGAGUCAGGCAGUUUCGGGCAAGCAGACGACGUCAGCAAAUGACUCCACUGGACUCUGAUACAGUCCGUGGACACGCGACUCCGACCACGCCGCUAUCUCUGGAUUUGGACAGAUCCCAGAUACAACCCCACGCGACCGCCGAUCGUCGAGGCGGAGGGCCACGACAACGAGCAGAGUACAUGCUGGGCCGCCUCGCACCAGAGGAUCCCGAGGCGGAAGAAACGAAAACGACAGUCGCUUGACGGAAAGCUGUGCCUGGGCUCUUCCUCAGACAGUGAGGAGGCAGAAAGUCUUUGGUCGAGCAUUCUUCCAUAGGUACCUUGGGUUCCUUUUGAUGGCGAUGAUGAUUAUGAUGAUGAC